GUCUCCAUAUUGGGAAUGUUGGGUUUCUCAAUACCGAUUCUUGAAAUCUCCAUGAGGGAGCCAAGUGAUACCCAAGAGAACCACAAUUGCCUCCAUCGAGUUACAUGGUGUACCUGGAUUUUUUAGGCUUCGACGGGAAUCCACGGAUUAGUUGAACGGUACGCCCAAUCUUCGGCACACGGCACCAAGGUUGUAUCUUUACUUUACACGAGUGCUGAAUGAGACGCGCGGUCUUUCUUUUCGUCGAGAAUCUUCUGACUGAGAUACGAGGGUUAAGGAUUCAACCUCGUAAUCAACCUUGGGGCUCAACAAUUUUGCUUACGAAGUUCGAUCAAAUACGCGGUUGUUGUACUCAUCAACCUAUUGGCGAGGUGUUACUUACAAUAGAAGUAGAUUAAAUCCUUCUGGCCUUGUGUUCCUUAAAAUGAGGAGAUACAAUGUCUCCGCUUACUGCAGCAGGCUCUGGAUUCCCCCCAGCCUGCCAGCCUCCACUUACACCCACCUGAAUCUAUUUCAGAACCCUACAGAGUAUCAAAUGAAGCUGUCAGCAUCAUUCCACUUUCGUUAUACUAGUUGGUAUAAUCGCAUUCGAAAGGAAAAGAAGGAUACAUCGCGCUUUCAGCGAAUGGACGGGGGCUUCGCUAUUCUCUACUAAUCUUAGACGAUAGUUAGACAAAACCUCCUCCACAUGCAACUUGAGCAGUUGAGUUUUGCCGAACCAACAGGGAUACGUGCUGCAUCUCAAACAAUAGGAUUGUUUAGAUGCGUCAGCCCUGCCCACACCGAGGCUCUGCUUUUGUGGUUGCUAUCUGCAGACGUACCUCAGGAUGCUAGGCUGCGAGGCAAGUGAUUCUUAUCACUUAUGCAGCCCAAUGGCCUCAUAUGUGAGCGACCAAUCCAUUGACUUUCAAGACAUCUACUAUCUACGCUGGAGGCUUCGGGUUGCAUGGUCCCGUGCCAAAGAGCAUAAUGGAGCAAGCUCAAGGUCUACAACGACUGGCGACACAGGCUGUGCUUCUGCAAUCAGUGUUACCGUUGUGCAUGCUUAGGACAAGGUUGCCGAGCGGCCCUCUCGCCAGCUGCUGCAUUCAUUCGUCAAAGACCCGGCUGUUUCGUGUUCUGCUCUCCUACUCGCCCUCCACGGCGCAGCAGCUGUUGCUGGCUGUCCUGUCCACAGCCGUGUUGACAAGUCGACACGGCUCGUCCGGGGGUUGAGUUGGGUGCGCCAUUUCUCCACUCCGAAAGCUCAUUGCUGCAAUACUUUCGAUUUGGUUAUGCCAUGGUGACAUUGAAGUAUGAAUCGAAUGAUAACCGAGGACGAUAGCAAGUGUUUGGGUGUAGACGAUUGAGGGGCUUGCGCCGUUGAAACUUUAGAAAGCUGAUCAGCUUGAGCUAAAACGCUGCAACUGCAAAACAGAUCUCAGGGUCUCAAUAAGCGGCCCACAAAGGACAGACCCCAGACCAGCCUCGGUGCUCUUGGUCUCGUCGUAGUUAGCGUUCAGGUGGGUUGGGAUAAAUUCACACACUGUAGUACCUCGAUACAGGUGAGAUAAGUAGGUCAGGUAAUGAGGACAUUGUCAGUAGAGGCCGUUAUCAGAGUUCGGAGAGUGAAGUUAACUCAAUGAGAGUGAUUCACUCCAAAAAAAAAUACUCCAGAUUUGACUCGACCAUUCCCCAAUGUGUCAAUCUUAUCGCAGCCCACAUGCGUCUCAGUGAAUCUGUAGCGUGUUGUGAGAAUAGAGGGGGAUGGAGCAUGAGGCUCGGAUUGGCUGGGCAGUUGUUCAGAGUUGUGUGAGAACUUUAGCUGUGCUGGCCAUGGAUGAUUUGUGCAGCUCAAGGUAGGUAAGGCGCUGGAAAUAAUGCUGAUCUAGGCUUUUCCUCUCCUACCUCCUCCUCCUUCUUUUAUCAGCUGAGAACUUUUGUGAAGCCUUCCAUCUUUGGUUCCAUUCGUCAAACCCCCUCAGUUCAACGUUCAACCCUUCCAUAGUAGUUCCAGCUACCUCUUUAUCUUUUCUCACAGGAGUUGCUGAGACAGCCGAGUUUGCUGCUGAGCUGAGCGAAGUGAGGCGAAAUAACCUGAUACUGGGAAAUUGUUCAAAAGUGAGUACAUGAUCAGACAAUCAGUAUGCUCUUGUUGUUCGUACAAGGCGAAACAGCCCCAUCUUACCCGGCUCUCGCUGAGGUGCAAUGCAAAGCAGUACAGUCCGCGUUGACUUGACCUUGCUCUUGGCGGGUGAGAGGCUGACGAAGUGGAGGCGGAGGCCGCCACUUUCAGUUUGGCUCUCCUCUGUGGCAUUUCUGCUCGGCUAAUAGCCAAUGAAGAAUCCCUAGCACCAACUGUACCCAUCUUCCAUGACCUGGGCCUAGGUCGGCCACGAUAGCCUCGCCGAGCCAGCCUCACCUGUUUCCCUCUGCCAUUUUCUUCUUCUUUCACCUCUUGCGACUUUGAGUGUCUCUUUCCUCGUGGGCGUGCUUUGACUUUCCACAUUUCUGUAGCCAUUGGCCUCUACCUUGUCCCUCCUUCUGACCUCACCAGCCGAGACGUUUUCGCACAUCGUUCGAUUUCAAUUCCCCUCGCCUGCCCGUAUAUUUUUGUUUCGCCGUCUCUAUUCACUUCUUUUCGACGUCAAUUAUACCGAAAUUACGACGAUAUUGAUUCUUAACCAACGACUAGGUAGCAGGAACUUUCGUGCUCGAUCCCUUGGCCGAUUCGUCCUCGAUUGAUCAAUGACCUCCGCCGGCUUAACCUGCUGACGACUGCAUCUACAUCGACUCACAGCCUUGCCCGAUGGAACCUUCGAGUAAAAAGCGAAAGCUGGCUCCUAAGGUCAACACGACUCCUAGCAAGCCGCCGCCGCCAACACAAUUCCCUCACGAAUCGCCUCAGCAACAUUAUCCAGCUCAGGAGGCUGCAGCUCCUCUUUCCGAACGACAUGACUUUGAGUCUUUUGCACGGCAUCUACAGGAUGCUGCUAUGCUGAUCCAGAGACAGACCGAACGUCACCCAUACACUGACGUUUCUGUGUUACUAUUAAGGUGGGAAGAAGACGAGUCUGUUGAUGAAGACCUGGCUGCACUCGAGCAAGUGUUUCAGAAGCACUACAAAUACCGAACUGAGCGAUGGCACAUUCCCACAGUACCGAACCCUAGCAUUAAGCUUGGAGUUCAGAUUGCUUCUUUUCUCGAGAACGCAAGAGCCAAUCACCUGCUCAUUAUCUAUUAUGCUGGCCAGGGCUACGUAAGCUCUGAUGGCCAGCUUUUUUGGGCUUGGUGAGUCGAACAUUUCUCACAUGUCCUCUUCCUCCUGCCUCUGACAGCUUUCCCAUAGUAAUGCACGAGAAGAUGCUGCAAAACUCAAAUGGGAUGGCGUCCGUUGCCUGUUCGAGGAUGCCCAGUCCGAUAUCCUCUUGUUGUUGGACACAUGCGCGGUACCGGAUCCUCCCAUGGCCGGUAGUCACGGCGUGAAGCAAGCCAUAGCAGCCUGCACAUCCGAUCGUAGCCCAGACAGUACAGAACGCUCCUUUACAUCAAAUUUGGUCGAGGCGCUGCAAAAGCUCAGUAGUGGGCGUCCCUUUACGACACAGAAGCUCCACGAGGAAGUGUUAUCGCUGAAGCAGCAGCAGCAACUGUUUCAGACUCCCCGGCAAACGAAUGGCAGUACCUCGAAUACACAUUCGUCCCCACAUCAUCCGGUUUUUAUGCCCCUGACACCUGGAAAGGGCCAUAGUAUUGCUCUUGCGCCAACGCCCAUCAAACCUCGUUCAGAAUCACAGAACGGAGUCGACACAGAGGGCCAAGGGAACCGCGAAGAACAGCUCAUUGACCCAGAGUCAGUUGUUGACCUUAGGUUUGAAGAGCACCGUGUCCUCGUUUGUACGACCUUUGUUGGUGAUGCUAGCCCAGAUAUGUCCUUUUUCUCCCAAUGGCUACAAAGCACACCGCCCCUUGGCGACAAAAUCGCCGUGGAAGGCAUGUUCCUUGGACCGCCGACAAUGCUCCUUAUCUCCAUGCCCCACUCCAUUUGGAACGUGGUCCAGCACGACAAAGUUUGUUGCUUCUUGGGGUACAUAAGCUCUCACAACAUGAUUCACUUGUAUCACAGACUUGUAGGUUCUUCUGGUAUCAAGCCAUCUGCAAGAGAAGUCGAGGAUGGCCGAAUUCUUCUAGAGGCAAGGGACCAUGCAUAUGGAACGCCUGCACGUGUUCGACGAGACGAAGGUCACGAUAUCACUUUCCAUUCCCCGGCCGUGAGGGAAACGCUCAAUUCUGUAGAGCGAAAGGAGCAUCUUUCACAAACUAGUCCUUCAGCCCCAUCGUAUGCGAACCCAGCAGGUGGACAUGGCAAACCGAAAGACGAAGUGGAGGACUCUGCGGAGAUGCAGGAAGCCGCUGAGCAGUUGAAGGCCUUAAGCCACGUUCGGCAUCGAAGCGACGAAACUCAAAAUAUCAACAGGCCGCGCACGAUUCUUCCUGACGGAAUGCCUGACAUAAGACCUGAGGGCGAGACUGAGGAGCAUAGUAAUGAUGAUCCUUUGGCAACACUUCACAAUGCCAAUGCAGCAGCCAAGCCGCCACGACGGUCGCUCCCCAAGCAGGACACGCGUUGCAACCACUGCAGUCAUGCUCCUUUCAAGGAUUCAUCUUCAUUGAGGAAACACAUUGCUGCGGCCCAUACAAGGCCGUUCCCAUGUGCGUUCUCAUUCGCUGGCUGUACCAGCACUUUUGGCUCCAAGAACGAAUGGAAGCGACAUAUUGCAUCUCAACAUCUAUGUCUGCAGUACUAUCGUUGUUCAUCCUGUCCCCAGAGCACGGCAGAAGGCAAGGGCAACGAGUUCAAUCGCAAAGACUUGUUCACUCAACACUUGCGACGAAUGCAUGCACCUUUUCAGAUUAAGAGAGCGAUUGCUAAGGGCGAUAGUAAACUACAAUCUGAGUGGGAUACGCAUGUGAAGGACAUGCAGGUGUCUUGUCUCGUUCAGCGUCGGUUACCACCGCAGCGCUCAGCAUGCCCAAAGCAAGGCUGCCAGAGCAUCUUCGAAGGCCCAUCGUCGUGGGACGAAUGGACCGAACAUGUUGGUCGGCACAUGGAGAAAGGCGAAGGUGGCAGGCUUGGAGUUGAUGGCCUUCUGGCCCAGUGGGCACUGGAUGAGGGUAUCAUUGAGCGUAAGCCUGAUGGCGAAUACCGGUUGUCGGCAAGCAACGGUAUGGGAGGCGGCGGGGUUACUGGGGGUAUGAGUGGCAGCAGCGCAGCUGUUCCCCUUGUCUUUGAACAGAAAGAGUCGACUCUGACAUCGACAUCGACACUGGAACCCUCACAGCCGGCGGAAGAAUCCUUGAUCAUGGAUACAAAGCCUUCAGAAGACAGGAUGGAGGUUGACACUCCAGAGUGAAAGAAAAAUUUGGCGCUUGGUGACUGACUACAGGACCCAUGUUACGAAUCAGUGCAAUGCACUCAACGAUAUGACGAAACGAAGUAAAUGACCUGAGAUUUUAUACAGCUUUCCUUUCUUAUAGUAGUGACGGUCGCUACCUUGCUCAGCAGUCACUCGCUUAGAUGACCUCUCAUGAAGACUACCCUGACGGGUUGAGUUCAAUCCGGCUGGAGUUAUGGGAAAUGUAAAAGGAUACAAAAAGUCAAUGAUCAAAAUAAGAGACAAUCAAACGAGCUUGCCAGUAUGAGUGAUCCUGCUUUUGUAUAGUACAGGGAAUGGCUUGUUCCUGAAUAUAAGGGUCCAUGUUCUAAAGUUAUGUCAUCCCUAGUAGAUAUGAUCAAUUGGGGUUUGUCUUGAAGUGCUAAAGAAUUAGGACCUUGCCUUGAAAUUAUUACUCGUCUUAUGCAAAAAACUCCAUC